CUCCCCCCUUUCUAUUUUCCCUUCUCUCUCUCUCUCUCUCCCCCUCUUUCCCUUCAUUUGCUUCAUCUCUAAUUUCAUAACAAAAGAACCCGUCCAACUCCAUUGGUAAACAAAAUUUCAGCUUGAUGGAUCUUGAUGAUGCAUGUAAUACAAGCCUUGUUCUUGGGUUAGGCUUCUCGUCGACCCUGGAAAUCCCAUCCAAGGCAAAUAAUUAUCAAACGCCCAAGAAGUCAUCAUGUCUCAAGUUUGAACAAACAACCAUGGCAGCAACAAGUUUUGAACCGUUGCUAACGUUGGGGCUUUCUGAUGACAGUUACCACGUUACUGCUGCUAGCAAAAAGAUUGAUGUGAACAAAGGCGGUUAUCAACAUCACCAUGAGGAACCUGCCACCUGUGAUUUUUUGAAUCUUCAAGCUUCUCAUAGUGCUGUUUCUUCGUUUUCUAGUGGUAUGGUUAAGAGGGAAAGAGACCUUAGCAGCGAAGAAUUAGAGGUAGAGAAGAAUUCUUCUACAGUUAGUGGUGAAGAUGAAGACGGAGUUAAUGCUAAAAAAAAACUCAGACUCACCAAAGAACAAUCUGCUCUCCUCGAGGACAGCUUCAAACAUCGUAACACUCCCAAUCCUAAGCAAAAGCUAGCUUUAGCAAGGCAAUUAAACCUGAGGCCUAGACAAGUUGAAGUAUGGUUUCAGAACAGGCGAGCCAGGACAAAGCUUAAGCAAACUGAGGUGGACUGUGAGUUCUUGAAGAAGUAUUGUGAGACGCUGAAAGAUGAAAACAAGAGACUGCAAAAGGAACUUCAAGAAUUCAGAGCACUGAAGAUGGGACAACUCUUUUACAUGCACAUGCCAGCAGCUACUCUCACCCUGUGCCCAUCUUGUGAAAAGAUUGGCGGCGUUGGCGAUGGCAAUUCCAAGAACCCAUUUUCAAUGGCUUCAAAGCCUCAUUUCUAUAAUCCCUUCACCAAUCCUUCUGCAGCAUGUUGAUAAAGUAAUUUAUUAGAACUUAGCAAGCAAAAGAAAGGAAAAAAAAAUUAGACCCACCACCCCUCAA